AUGUCUGUCCUUCGCAAUGUAGCAAAGUUAAACUUGUCUACUACAGCUUUUUUCGUGUGUGAUAUUCAAGAGAGGUUUCGACAUUUUAUAUAUCAAUUUCCUAGUUUGCUUUCCACUACGAAUAAAAUGAUCUCCGCAGCGAAAAUACUCGAUAUUCCAAUUGUUGUUACCGAGCAGAAUCCAAAAGCCUUAGGAAACACAGUACCAGAAAUUGACACUUCCUACGCAAAGAUCGUAUUGCCCAAAACCAAAUUUUCCAUGUUUUUACCGGAAAUAGAGAAAUUACUCAAGGAAAAUUCGAUAAAUUCGGUUGUUCUUUUCGGGAUAGAAUCACAUGUGUGUAUACUACAAACAACGCUGGAUCUUCUCGAAAAUAAUUAUAAUGUACACGUUCUGGCAGACGGAGUUUCUUCGAUGAAUAACCCUGAAAUUGAUAUAGCAUUAGGUCGUAUGCGUCAAGCUGGUGCUUUGAUAACUAGCUCAGAAUCUGUUCUAUUCCAACUUCUUGUAGACUCAAACCACGAAAAGUUUAAGAGGAUUUCUAACUUGGUGAAAGAAUACAAAGACGCAACAGCAAAUAAUAAACUUCUUUAUAGAGCAACACUUUAA